AUGCCUCCAACCCUGCGAAGUCCCGGCCACAAUGGUGCUAUUACGAAUCCUCGUGUGAUAUGUUAUUAUCAGACGUAUUAUCCUAACAAUGGACCCGACUAUGUCUCUACUCUGCCACUCUUAAGGAACAACUGCGGGGUAUCACACAUUAUUCUUGCCGCAAUACAUAUCAACGCGGAGCCGGGAAAUAUUACACUUAAUGAUCAUACGCCUGACGAUCCCCGGUAUACGCCAUUAUGGGCGGAAAUGCGUGUGAUGCAGACAAUGGAGAUCAAAGUGAUGGGGAUGUUGGGCGGUGCUGCUAAAGGGAGUUAUCAGCGGCUGGAUGGUGGCACAACCGAUUUUGAGGCUUAUUACGGCCCACUGCGCGACAUGAUCCGAGCACAUAACCUUGACGGGCUUGACCUAGACGUGGAAGAGGAGAUGUCCCUCGAGGGCAUCGUUCGGCUGAUUGACCGUCUAAAAUCGGAUUUUGGGGAUAAUUUCAUUAUUACCUUGGCUCCUGUCGCAACAGCCAUGGUACAUGGACUGAAACACCUCUCUGGCUUCGAUUAUCGGGAAUUGGAGGCUGCAAGGGGCCCAAAAAUCUCCUGGUAUAAUGUUCAAUUCUACAAUGGAUGGGGCCACAUGCUUCAUCUCAGCGUUUAUGAUACUAUAAUGCUCCAAGGUUGGAAGCCCGAAAAGAUCGUAAUCGGUCUCUUGACCAAUCCUGCGAACGGGUCUCAAGGGUAUAUCCCGAUGGAAACAAUGAGUUAUGUCUUAGCAACUGUGUUGGCGAAGUACCCGUUCUUUGGAGGGGUAUCAGGCUGGGAAUACUUCAACGGGAUGCCUGGGGGUGGUGCGCGGCCGUGGGAAUGGGCUGCUUCGAUCUCCUUGAUAAUGGCAAUGAGAACGAUCCUGGGGACGACUGCAGAUGCUCUGGGUUUAACAUCAAUGUCGUCAUCGUCUCUGCCCAGUGGAUUGACCGUUGAACAACGUCAAUCCUUGUGCAAUGGAGGUCUGCUGUCGAGCAGUAAAGUAUCACAUUCAAUUCAUACUCUCGGGAUGCUGUCGUCUCAAGCAAAUUUCAUUAUCGCAUUGAGCUCAACAACCCUGAGACUGCUCAGCUAUGUUUUCCUUCGCUGGAUUCCUGGGCACCCGUUUACGCCAAUAAUCCUCACAAGUUUGCUUGUAUAUUUGGCCUCGAUUUAUCUUGCCAGAGAGCAAGAAGGCUCCCAACGAGCUACAGGAGAACAUAAUAAAACUCGAGGGAAGAAAUCAAAAGGCAAAACGCAGAGUGACAAUGGAGAAAAAGGCCACAAGAAUGAGGGCCCACGCCAGGCUACACUGGAAACCAGGAAAACCGAGCGAGUAUCUGCUUUGAGGUCCUUGUUACUGGGCGUACCAUCAACAACUUCAAAGCUCGCGAGCUACGCAACAGUAGGAAUCAACAUUGCUUUGGCUCUCCUGACGCUUGAUUUCGUUCUACGGGGCCUUAUUUUCUAUCCAACCGAAGAUCUUUCGUUUUCUCGAGUUGGAUAUGUGUCUCCAACUUCCGCAAAGAUUUUCGUGCGAGAGCCGAACGAAAACUUUCCGGUGCAUAUUUCAUAUCAGGAGGUCGAAGAUGGCGGAACUGGGAAAUCAAUGAUGGCAGGAACGUUGUAUUCACUUGAAAAGUCGACUGACUUUACUUAUCCCAUUUCAAUCACCGGACUUAAGCCUUCGACGAAGUACCGGUAUUCGUUGUCGAAUAACCAAGUUGGAGAGUUUGUCACGGCGCCAGAACCCGGUUCCCCAGAAGCAGAAAGCUUGACUUUUGUGACCUCGAGUUGCAUCAAGCCCAACUUCCCCUACAACCCACUGUCUCACCCUUUCCGGAUCCAUGGGGUAGAUAUUCUUACCUCAACUCUAGAACGGUUGAGUUCAGCGCUUCGUCCUGCUUUUAUGCUCUUUUUGGGUGACUUCAUCUAUAUUGAUGUGCCGUGGCGAUUUGGGUCGUCCACCAAGCAUUACCGAAAUGAAUACCGCAGAGUUUACUCCUCGCCUAGUUGGCAAAUUCCUCCCCAUUCGCCAGCUAAUAUUCCAUGGAUUCAUACCCUCGAUGAUCACGAAAUCGCAAACGAUUGGGCCUCUGGAAACGAGACUCCGCCGUACCCAGCGGCCGCGGACCCAUACCUUCAUUAUCAUGUUAGCGUGAACCCUCCUAUUCCAGAAGAUCGGUACUCUAUCCCGUCCAACACCACUUAUUUUUCUUUCGUCAACGGCCCGGCCUCAUUUUAUCUACUAGAUACUAGGACGUACCGUUCUCACCCGCUACAGGAAGACUCAACCAUGUUGGGCCCAGCACAGCUACAAUCCCUUCUUGACUAUAUUCUACGUCCCGAGCCUGAGGGUGUGAAAUGGAAAAUCAUUACCAGCAGUGUGCCUUUCACAAAAAAUUGGCAUGUUGGUACGCCCGAUACCUGGGGUGGGUUUUUGAAAGAAAGGCGCAAAGUUUUCGAAGCCAUGUGGAAGGCAGAAUACGAUUUGGGAGUGCGAGUCGUUCUACUAAGCGGUGACAGGCACGAAUUUGCCGCGACCCGGUUCCCAGAUCCAGUCCUCUCAUCUACUUCUCUCCCUGAGACAUUUUCUGGCGCUGGUAGAGGAAUUCAUGAGUUCUGUACUGGCCCGCUUAGCCAGUUCUACCUCCCGGUGCGGUCAUAUCGCCAGGAAGAUAAUGAAGAUGUGGCUAUCAAAUACGUUCCUGACGGGAAUUUCAAGUUUGGCCUCGUGCAUAUCGGCGUCGAUAAGAGCGGUGACCAGCCUGCCUCUUAUCUAACAUAUUCAUUAUAUGUAAAUGGAAAGGAGGUCUGGCGGUACAGGCUGGCAGCACCUUUGGCAGCCCCAAAAGGACGUGUUCCUCCACCGGGAGAAAUCAUAUUCGACCAUGUGGAUAACUGGGAAGAGGGAUUAAGAAAGAACGUCGGGUCAUGGGCGGCGUUUGCGCGUGAGAGAUCUGGCUGGGUAGGAAAAGCUACGAGCAAGGCCUGGGAUGGAUUUCUGAGAAGCAUUCGAGUUGACGAAUGA